CUAUCCGAAGGGAUGACGUGUUUUUAUAGAUGCCAAGUCAAAUUUCCGAGUUGACCAAUCUCUUUCUUAUCAUCUCACUUUUAUCAAUCAAACAGAUAAAAGAUAAACCUCCAUUGUCGCCGGCGUACGGAUUCAGAAAUGGAAACUCUCUACUCCACCGUUGAAUACUGGCUCGUCAAUCAUCCAAUCAUCACCAAUUUCGAAUGGAAUGAAACCUCCACAUUCGGUUCUUCGCUUCUUUUCCUCGCUCUCACUGUCCUCACUUACCUCACUCUCACUUUCUCUUUCCACUAUUUCCCUCUUCUCCCCACACUCUCCCCCGCCUCCCUCCGCUUCAUCUCCGCCGUCCACAACCUCUUCCUCUUCAUUCUCUCACUAAUCAUGGCCGUCGGAUGCUCCCUCUCCGCCUUCCACCAAAUGCCCCAAAAUGAUUGGACUUGGGUCAUUUGCUUCCCGGCUAAUCAGACUCCCCCACGUGGACCCGUAUUCUUCUGGGCUUACAUCUUCUAUUUCUCCAAGAUUGUUGAAUUUCUAGACACCCUUUUGAUAAUUCUCAGUGGGUCUAGAUCUAGACGGCUGUCGUUCCUCCAUGUGUACCACCACGCCGUGGUGGUAGUCAUGUGUUAUUUGUGGCUUUCUUCGUCCCAGACUCUGUUUCCGGUGGCGCUUGUUACCAAUGCUUCUGUUCAUGUGCUAAUGUACGCUUAUUACUUCCUGUGUACCUUGGGAUUUCGUCCAUGGUGGAAGAGAUUGGUAACGAACUGUCAGAUUGUACAAUUCGUCUUCAGUUUCCUGAUUUCGGGUUUGAUGCUGUAUUAUCAUCACUUUACCGGGUCGGGUUGCUCCGGGAUCCAUGGAUGGUGCUUCAAUGCAGUUUUCAAUGCUUCCCUUUUGGCACUCUUCCUUGAUUUUCAUUCCAAAAAUUAUGCAAAGAAGAGGAAAGAUGUAAACAAGAAUAAGCUGUCGUGAUUGCCCAAUGCACUAAGCUUCCGCUAUUACUGAAUAAUUUGACAUAUCAUUGAUCACUAGAUACGUACUGGCUUUCGGAUUAAAAGAGUAAAACGUUUCUUUAUUCCCUAAACUCGAAUCAAGAUCGAAGGAUCAUAAACUACUUAUUCAUUUUAGAGUAGUUGAAUUUGUUUGUAACAUUAUUUUGUUGAAUGAAUGGAAAUAGAUUUAGCAAAAUUCACCUUUU